AUAAGUGGGGGGGGGGAAGGUUCAGAUUACAUAUAGUCCAUCUCUACCAAACGAUAAUUUCAGCUGUUUGAAAUACAGAAAAUAAUACUUUUAGUUGCAGAAAAGUAUAAUAUAAUGGGACCACAAAAAUCUCUUGCUUUUUCCUCUCUUCGUGCAUAACAACAAACAGGUGGUCGCAAGCAUCUUUUCUCACCAAAAAGUUUUUGUAGUUUCCAAUAUGCGUGGAAGUGGAAGUAACAGUAAGGUACAAUCACCAGUUUCUCCCAAGACCCCAUCAAUGUCUCUGCGUGAAGAAAAAAUUAUUGAGGACUAUUUUCAGCUUAUCAGUGAAUUCAAUUUUGAUCAAGCCAGAGAGUUAACUGAAAGAGAAAGAGAUUUCACAAAAUCGAACAUUACUUCACAUUGGCAUAUGUUUGUCAAUGCACUGAUUUUGUUAGCAAAUGAUGAGAAAUCGUAUAUGUCUUUAUCAUUUCUUGGUCCUAAAUGGUUUUCAACUAGACAUAAAGAUACCCUGCGGAAUUCAUACCAAAAUUUGAUUGCAGACUUUCGAAAGAUCUAUGAGAAUGUUCAACAAAAUGAACCACAUGUUAACUUAGAUGUGUUAUUGGGUCAUUUGUGUGAACACCUUGAACACUUUCCAAUGGCUCGCUUAAGAACUAUGGAUCUCUAUGAGCAGCUGACUACUAUUGGCAACAAUAGAAAUUUCAACUAUGAAGAUCCAGUUAUAGUUUGUACUGAAAUUGUUCACACAUACCAGAAAUGCUUUCAUCAUCCCUUGUUAAGCCAUCUGAAAACAAGCUUUAACUACGAGUGUGAAAUUAUUCAACAUUUGCUGACCACACAAAUUCUAGUUUCAGAACUUGAUUAUUUACCAGCAUUGUUACAACUUCAUCAAGCACACACAAAGUUGGCACAAUGGGGUACUUGCUUACCAGCUAAAGAGUUAGCACCAGUGCCCAGUGUUGGUCCUGUAGUGGCCAAAUGCACUGUGCCUGCUGCUGACCCUAUGGCUCACACUGCUAGUCGGACAAAACGAUCAGCAUUCAGUGUUACUUCGAGCCGACAGAAUUCUUGUUUAACUCUUUUCACAUGGCUCCUUAAAUACAAGAAUUUACUCCUGUCCAAAUUUAGUAUUUACUUCUACGAAAUCAUUAACAAGAAUGCUAAUUCACCUUUAGAAAUGAGGAAUCUUUGUUCUAAACUUCCGGAAGAUUAUUACACACGAAUCACUAAUUUUGAGAAGAAAGCAGACAUUUUUGUAUUUCUCAUAGUUGCCGACACAAAUGGUUUAAAUCACUGUUAUACAAACAAUGGUUAUUUUCACCCCAGUAGGAGUUUACCUAAACCUCAAGGCAUCAACUCUUUCCCUUCAAUCUUCAAAUACCCUGCAGAUCGCAAUGUUCAUAAGCACUGGCCAAAUAUUUUGAUGAUAAUCAACAGAAAGAAGUCCCAUGAUCAAGGAUCACAAGAAAAAGUGAUCUGGUUUUAUGACAAAAAUGCUCACAGUACAUAUUUUAUUACUCUUGUGGAAUUUCGUAUUUCUCUGGUUGUCAUUACUGAUGGAAAGAGGUCAGAGCGAGACUCUCCUAUUAGCAACUUUUUGGCCGAAUUCACAACCCAGUUAAGAUGUAACAAACAUUUUGCAUCACUAAAACCUGGUUAACCACCAUUAUUUCUGUUAAAUGCUGUAUAUGAAUCACUAUUCAAGCUUUGGGUAUUUCUUGUAAAGUGAGGCUGCUCAACAGAUUUUUUUUAAUGAAAUAUAUAAAAGAAGACACUGUGAUAAUAGGAAAAAAAAACAACAAAUUAAAAAAAUCCAACAGUUCAAAUUCAUACUUGUUUUAUUGAUAUUUUUCAAUUUUAUAUUUAGAAUAUUGAAAUUAUUAUUUUAUUACAAAACAGUAAACAUUCAGGGAAUCAUAGCCUUUGCAUUUUCAUACUGGGUAUUGAUAGCCAGUUUGAUAAAACAAAUCGUAGUGAAACAUGUUGCUUCUUGCUUUUACAAUGAACUUCUUGCCUACAUUAAUUAGACUUUCAACUAAUCAGCCAUCAUCUUUAUAUACUUCAUUUACUUUAUUUCUGUUUGUAGUACCAAUGAACCUGUUAAAAACAAAAGCUGUGUUGUGAUGGUAAGCUCUUGUGGAAGACAACCUUUAAUGUUCAACUUCAGUGAUUUGUAUAUGGUCCGUGGUAUACAAACUUUUUACUGUCUUGAUGUGUUGUCUACUGGCAUCAGGCAAAUUUGACAGAUUGGUGUGUUUGAGACUUAUGUUUUUCCUUUAACAUUUACUUGUUUCAGUCAUUGGACUGCAUCCAUGCUGGGACACCAUCUUGUGCUUAGUCGAAUAAAUCAACCCCACUACUUAUUUUUUUAA